GUGGGGAGGAGGUUCGUGUGUGGGUGUGGGUGUGUGGUUGUGGGACGGACAAGGGAUAGGCAGGAAGUGCUGGUCUUAGAGUAGAGGGGAGGAAGUUGAUGUGUGUGUGUGUGUGUGUGUGUGUGUGUGUGUGUGUGUGUGUGUGUGUAGUUGUGUGCGGGAGGUAGAAGACAAACUUAACAAUUUCGUGAAGGUUCACAAAGUAUAGAAACAGAAAGUCAAUAGGCAUUGGAAUUAAAAGCUUGCCUAAGUUUCUAUGAGAAGACAGGCGUCUGCGCCCAGAUUUGUAAAGUAGGCAGGGCUGAAUGGUCUCGCAACGUAAAGGUGGGAUGUGUGGAAACUUGGUGAACAUGAACUAUGUGAACCAUACUAAAUGUCCCCUCCAGUUUUCCCCUGCAGAGGAAGGGACAUGGAGGAGAACUAAAAUUUCCCUCAGCCCCAGGGAGACUAAAUGUAAAUGUCCACACAGGGUCUGAAGAGAUGCGCUGUUACUUGUACCCUACACAUGGCGGGGAGGGGAGGUGCAGGUCCUGGUAACGUCGGUGUCCUGUGAUUAGGUUUGCUCCUUGUGACCGACUGGAUCAUAUCCAGGAGAAGGGAACCUGAAGUUUGCCGCUGACCAUAAUCUGGUCCAGGCAGUCUGUCUCUUACGAAGUGCAGAGACCAGUCAACAGUGCAAAGCUCUUAAACCAGCACCUCGCUGUCAGAAGGGGCUGGACCUCUAGGAUGUGAGCGAAUCACGGAACCGGAGUCUGCGCAUGCGUGCUCGCCGUGAACAUGGCAGCUGCCGGCCGACGACAGUGAGUUCUUCCGCGCCUCGGCGCCGUUCUAUGCUUUAUCUUCUCCGCCGAGUGUUGUGCGGUAUGGAACAUGGGACUGAACAAUAAUAGCUCAGAAUGUUUCUGAAGAAGAAGAAGAAGAAGUUUCCUUUGAGGUAGAAAUGGAAGAAUUUAAAAGAGAGGGACUCUGCUUCUCCAUUUUAGGUGGCAGUUGGAACUGUGAGAGCCAGGAAAGAAAUAUGAGGCAGUCUCCUUUAAUUGAUGAGAAAACAGGGGUUCAGGAAGCAAAUUGUGAUGAUCGUGGUGUGGGGGAGCAUUUGAGUACAAGUCCAGCUCUUCUAGAAUCUCAGAAAGUUCCUACAACAAAUGGCUUUCAUGUUCAUAACUUAGAUAUUAAAACUUUUGAUUGUGAUCAAACCUUCCAUAGUUGUCCCCAGAGUUAUACAGCUAAGGAAACUGGUGAUGGUGAUGCUUGUGAAAAAGCCAUCCAUCCUUCCAUGGAAAUCACUCAACUUGUAAGAAACCAAAUGAAAGACAAACCCUAUAAAUACACAGAAAGUAUUAAAUCUCUAAACCACUUUACUACUCCCCUUUGUGACAAAAAAAUUAAGAAAAGAAGCAAAAAAUUUUACAAAGGUAAGGACUUUGGGGAUAUUCUGGCCCUGAGCUCAUCUCUUAAUGAAAAAAGAAGUCAUUCCAUUGAGAAACCCUUUAAAUGCACUGAAUGUGGCAAAUGUUUCAAACGGAACUCUUCUCUUGUUUUACACCAUCGAACUCACACUGGCGAGAAACCUUAUACCUGUAGUGAUUGUGGAAAGUCAUUCUCCAAGAACUACAACUUGAUUGUCCAUAGAAGGAUUCAUACAGGAGAGAAACCUUAUAAAUGCAGCAAAUGUGGGAAAGCUUUUAGUGAUGGAUCAGCUCUGACACAACACCAGAGGAUCCACACCGGCGAGAAGCCUUAUGCCUGUCUAGAAUGUGGAAAAACUUUCAACAGAAAUUCAUCCCUUAUUUUGCAUCAAAGAACUCAUACAGGGGAAAAGCCGUAUAGGUGUAAUGAAUGUGGGAAACCCUUCACUGACAUCUCUCACCUUACUGUACAUCUACGAAUCCACACCGGCGAGAAGCCUUAUGAGUGUAGCAGAUGUGGAAAGGCUUUCCGAGAUGGCUCAUACCUCACUCAGCACGAGAGGACACACACUGGAGAGAAACCUUUUGAAUGUGUAGAGUGUGGGAAAUCCUUCAAUCGCAAUUCUCACCUCAUUGUACAUCAGAAAAUUCAUUCUGGGGAGAAACCCUAUGAAUGUAAAGAGUGUGGGAAAACUUUUAUUGAGAGUGCGUACCUCAUCAGGCAUCAGAGAAUUCACACUGGUGAGAAGCCCUAUGGUUGUAACCAGUGUCGUAAACUCUUCAGGAAUAUUGCUGGACUUAUCCGGCACCAGAGGAUUCAUACUGGUGAGAGGCCUUAUGAGUGUAAUCAGUGUGGUAAAGCUUUUAGGGAUAGUUCCUGUCUGACCAAGCAUCAGAGGAUUCACACUAAGGAGACUCCAUACCAGUGUGUGAAGUGUGGAAAGUCCUUCAGGCAGAACACUCACUUGGUAGUACACCAGCGACUUCAUAACAGGGAGGGUCCCAGCCAGUGUCCUCAAUGCGGGAAAAUAUUUAGAAGGAGCUGGUGUCUUGUCCGACAUCAGAGAACACACCUUGAAGAGCAGCCUGUGGAAGCAUAAGUAACGUUGGCCAAACUUUCUUGAAUGAACAAAGGAGAGGUGUCUUCAGAUAUGAUUUCCCUUGUUAACAGAAAAGAAUUUGAGUAUUAAAUGUCCUAUAAUCCCAUUAAUUCUGUUAUUAGGGAAACUCCUGAAGAGGUAAUCAGUGUAGAAAAGGCUUCAGGGAUGAUUCAGCCUGUACCAGAUAUGUAGUGCAGACACUGAAGUAGAGCACCUGGAAGUGAGGGAGAUAUUUCCCUAGAGAGACCCGUCUACCUUUACAUCAGGUUCCUUAAACUGGAAAGAACCUGUGAAUGCAUUCAGUACGUAAUCAAUAGGAGGCAUCUUUAAUAGUGAGUAUCAUCUCACUGUAUAUAAGCAAAUGCUUAGUAGACUCCAAGCUUUUAAGUGUAAUUAGGAAGAAAGCUUUUGUCAGGAGUUUUUACUGUCUUUCCUGUUUGAGCAAAGGCAUAGUGGUGAGAGAUCUCACACACGUGCCACUACAGCCACAGUGUGUAGUUGAAUUUGCUGUUCAGAUGUGCUUGUGUUUCAUAGUGCUGCCAGAACACUGAGGACUCUUAGUGAGCUGAAACUGGAUGUAGGAGUUGUUUGUGAUUGAAGUUUUCCCUUUUAAGACUAAAGUGCUCUCCAUGAUGGAAAGGGUUGCUUCUAAGAAAUAGGAUCCAUUGCUUUAGUUGUUGAACAAGAAAACAUUGAAUUAUUGUAUUUCAGUUAUCACUUGCCUUCACCAUUGAUGAUCAUUUAGGACACUAAUUUGUUUAGAGUUAAGGUCCUUUGAAGCAAAAUCUAAAGAUUUUGUUGCAAUACGAAAAAUGCUUAGAUCAUUACAAAAGAAGGCAUAAAAUAGAUUAUUAUUACAGUCAUGUUAAGAGUGUUCAUAUUAGGUUAGCAAUGGGUGAUGGAAAAAAUUAAUGGCUUUCUUAGGAGACUACAUUUGUAUAAUUUUUCCUUUUUAUACAUUUUUAUAUAACUGAUAGUGUAUAUAAAAGUGAAGCUAAAAGGAAAGGAAUUUGGUGUUUUUCAUGAACCUUUCCCAGUGAAUAGAGGCCAAAGAUAUUGUUAGACAUUAUAAAGGCUAGAUCAUGGUUACAGGAAGCUGUAAGCAUCUACAGGUGUAUAUAGACAGAACUUUCUCUGGAAUCAGCGCAUCCUGAGCCUAGAAUCAUUUCUUCUGGAGCUUAUAUUGUAAAGACUAUGGCAUUGUGGAGGGAGAGGCUUAUCACUCUGAGGAUAGGGAGGAGAAAGUUAAAGAAAAAUCUGGAAUAAUCCAAGCACGUCCUUUCUCAGUGCACUACUGGCUAAAUGAAAGCUAUACAAUUUGUUUGACAGCUUCAAAGUCCUGUGAGCUGAUCUGGUAAUAUUGACUUGAUCCUGUAUUUUCUGGUUCCUGUGGAGGGAGACUUAUAAGUCUAUUCUGAGAUGAUUAAAGCUGUUGAGUAGAUUGAUAAGGAAGUCAGACAUCUCUGUCUUCUGUAUGGAUGCCCUUCUUUGACAGGAAGAACUGUCACAUGAUGGGGAUGGAGAGAUAGUGGUGAAGAGCACUUGUUAUGCUUGCAGAGGACCUUGGUUUGGUUCCGUGCACCCACAUGGUGGAAAAGCUAUUGGUGCCUAGUAGAUAGAGGCCAAAGAUACUGUCGGACUCUUACAAAGAUAACCCUUGAAACAGUUCAUCUUAGAAUAUUGAGUGCUGAGAUUGACUUAUAUAUAUUUCUUUUGUAUACUUUUCAACCUCAUCAUUUGAAAAAUUGGUCUCAUGUUCCCAUGAUAGAUACAAUCAUUUAUAACUUACAGAUCGUCUCUAUAUAGCAGUGGUUCUCAACCUUCCUACUGCUGUGACUCUUUAAUGCAGUUCCUCAUAUUGUGGUGACUCCCAACCAUAAAAUUGUUUUCAUUACAACUUCAUAACUAUAAUUAUGUUACUGUUAUGAAUUGUAAUGUAAAGAUCUGAUUUCCAAUGGUCUUAGGUAACCCCUCGGCCGUUUAACCCCCAGGGGUCAUGACAUACAGGUUGAGAACUGCUGCCGUAUAGGGUUAGAUGUCUCUAAGACAUAUGAAAACUCCUAGUGGACUGUCUACAUCACUCAAGGGCUGGACACUUGGUGUCUGUUACUCUCAAGUAAAACAUGAGUGUGCCACAGUGUUAAUAUUAGCAGUGUCCUUGCUUUCUGAGUCUGCAUUCUAGAUUCUGGAAUAGGAAAUUAGCACCAGACCAGCCAUGGUCUGAGGGCAAGCACCCCAAGGAGGAGGUGUCAGCUGUGAAAUUGUAGUGAGUCCACAUGGGCUCUGUGUGAUGUGUGAAUUGUUUCCCCUUGCUCUUUUCUAAAAUUAUUGGUCUCAAAUGACCAAGAAUAAGUACUAUAAUGAAAAUAACUACUCUAAAGAAGAUGAAUACUUCUGACUAAAGAGGAAAAGGUGAGAUUUGAAUUGGGAGAGUUCCAGGUGACUUCUAGUGCAGCCUGAGCGAUUGUUGAUGUUAGGCCUGAGUGACUGGGGAGUAGGACAGAGAGGAGACUAGCCUGGACUAUCAAGAUAAGUCCCAUUUAAUCACUCAGACCCUGAAUAGGCAGAGAACGUUGACUGGAAUCAGAUAUAGAAAGUGAAGGUAGAGUAUUUCAAAGAAUGAUCAUUUACUUUACUUUUUCUGUCUUUGAUGAGCUUUUAAUUUACCCGUUUCUGGCUUUAAUGCUGGAAUGUCCACAAUGUGGGUAGCUUCUGAAAGCCAGAGAGGCAAGAAAAUGGAUUCU